AAAUGCGGACACAUCUUGCUCAUUUCAAUCAUCGCAUCUCUUAAUUUGGGCCAUUUAGUUUCGCCCAAAAAAUUAAUUAAUGGCAGAACUACCCCUUUGCUUUUUUGCAUGGCGAACACAAUGGUUGGGAUUAUCCCGGGAUGUGUGGAUUAUAUCCCCAACGUUGCACUGGGAGGAUUUCAGUCGGGUCAUUUGGAAAUGGACGGGGUUAGACUGGGUUACCUGCGCAUCAAUGGGAAGCAAAUGUUCGCCCUGUCGCAAGUCCUGGCGGAUCUGUUCAAAGACGUCCCGAGGACCACGAUUCGCAAGAGGAUGGAGCACCUGAAGAUCAAACGCCGCCGGUGCGAUUUGAGGGAGUUGCGGACUCUGAAAGCCAUGAACUCGGUACCGACGCGAGCGGUCAAGUGCUCCCUCAUUUCCAAAGAGGAUCUGGAAGUUUUAUACACGGUCUACAAAACGCCAGACGUCGGCAAGAGGAAGAUCAAGGUAAAGGUGAGGAGUGGCGGACAGCUGAGCAGCUCGGAGGGACACGGUUUCUACACCGGGCUCUGUACCGAGAGGGCGCUGCUGCUGAGGACACGGGCACCGGGAGAAUGCGCCCAGGUCAGAUACCCGACACCGAGCGGGACUGAGCUCCUCGAUUACCCCUCGGCGAUCGUACCGGCCGGUAAAGACUUCCCGGAGUAUGGAAACGCGGGGAAAGCCGCGAUGUGCCCGGUGUACCGGGAGCAGGAGGUGUUUUACCGGGACCUGGUCUGUUGCUUCCCCAGAGCGGUCCAACCGUCCAUCGCGGUUCGGGUUCAUGGAAACGAGCAGCCGGUUCAAUUCAGGGCGAAAUAUUCGUGUUGUAACCGGGGCAAAACCGUGGGAGGCGGUUUUCUCGGUAACGGCAAUUCAUCGCUGAGCCCCGCAGCUUUCCAGUCGGUGAAAACCAUGUUCCUCUCUGGAGAUAUAAAGACGGGAAAUGAAAGGGGCUAUGCACCGGGCGGUCAGGUCGCCUCUUUGGGAUAUUCCAGUGACUCGGACUGCAGCCUCGAGCCGGGCACUCUCUCGGAUUUCGGUUCCACGGACGAAGACGAGGAAGAUGGAGAGUCGGUGUUUUCCGCCUCUAGCAGCGGCGAUGAGAGCUCCACCGCCUCGGACUCCAGCUCGGCUCACAGCGGCGUCUCUCUGCACAGUACCCGCUUCAGGAGAGCCACCUUACCCAGCGUCAGCGCGAAGAUCCCGGCGGUGUUCCCCAGCCCUGCGCCGCCCGACAGAGUGGAGCCCCCGGCGGUGGACAAGUCCCAGUCGCGGCCGCUGUUCCUGCAGGUAGCCUCGAACUCUCCCACCCGCGGCCAGUCCAAGGGGAGCCCCGGCACCGGGCUAAAGGGCAAUUCUCCUGCCGGGGAGAGGCAGCCAGGAGCCAGGGUCCCAUCUCAACUGCCCGGAGCCUCUAGGACCGGCCUGUCUUUACAACAAAGGGAUGCGUUACAAUGGAGAGCGCGGCCCGGGGGCUCAGCUCUUUCCUGCUUUCAUCCAAACGCUGGGAAAUUCGACAGUCGGGACAAAGCGGCCCUGUUCGGUUCCGGAGCCCAUUCCCAGGGCGGGAGUAAGCACAGGGUCAGCGGCUCCAGGGAGCGCCCUGCCAUCUGCAGCCGCCCGCCGCGGGCGAGUGUCCAGAGUCCCGGCUUCAGUCCCGGCUCCGGGCCGGGCUCAGGAAGAGAGGGGCCGGGGCGGAGGUCCAGACCGAGAGUGAACCUGGGGGUUGACUGGGAGGAGGAGGAGGAGAGUGGAGUGAUACAAUCAGUGAGCGAGUUUCCUGGAUCUGUCCAUCCGCUCCAGGAUCCCACCUCGACAGGAAUACAAAACCAGUGCACUUUAGCGAACGGGCCGCCGGCCGCUGGCUGGGGGAACGCUGUCAAAAAGAGGCGCAUCUCUUCGAGCUGCCGCCGCGGUCGGUCCAAACGCUGCCCAGGGGGGAGGGUGCAACCCUGGGUCACAGCCACCGGCCAAAGGCCGAACCUACUGAAAGACCCUGCCAAGUGCAGGCGUGUCAGCUGCGGAUUAGUAACGCCGGUUAAGAAAGCUUUCAGUUUAAUGGGCAAUUUCCCCACACCGCCCUCGCUGAUUGUCGGUGACGAUGGGGACCUGUGCCCGGCCUAUUCCUUCAGCUCGGAGCCCUGUGACACAGUCCAGAAAGCUCACCCUCUCUGGGCCUGGCAAAUCGGCCGCUCAGCGAUUCCCCUUCCACCCAGCCUUAAAUUCAGGGGCUUCAGCCUUUAGGGGGAUCAGUGAAUGUGGGACGU